AUGGCUACUCCUACUGUACUUACUUUCGAUGCUGAGGGCCGUCCAGUGAAGUUCGAAACCUGGCUCGAUGACCUCCACCUCUUUCUACAGCUCACUGCUAAGGAGGACGUUUCACUGUACGAUCACGCCCUAGGCAACGCUACUGCCCCUCCUACCACUGCUGACAGCACUCAGCGCUCACAGUGGCAGACUCGUGACGCCCACGCUCGCUUCGCUAUUCGUAACUCCCUACCGAUCGACGAGCGCGAGCACUUUGGCCAGCACAAAACUGCUAAGGACCUGUACACUGCUGUAGUCGCUCGCUACUCCUCCCCCGCUUCUGCCACACUAGGCCGCCUCACUCUCCCCUACCUGUUCCCCGACCUGGCCUCCUUUCAGACAGUUGCUGACCUCAUCACCCACCUUAAGACCAGUGAGGCCCGCUUUCGCGCUGCUAUGCCUGACGAGUUCCUCACCAGCAACCCCCCCCCGCUCUGGAUCACUCUCUACCACAUAGUCACCCGCCUCCCCGACUCCCUGCGCACAGCACCUCUCGUGGCGACCCCCGCACCCCGUUCUUUGAGGGGUGUUCCCCUUCCCCUCUCCUCCCCUCUGUCGCCUCUGCUGCUGCUGUCGACCUCCUUGGUGCUGAGAAGGUCGGGGCCGCGUCUGCUUCGAGCGGGCGCCGCAAGAGCAAAGGGGGCAAGGGUGGAGGUGGCGGCGGAGGAGGUGGGGGUGGAGGCGGUGGGAGUGGAGGAGCGGCUGGGGAGGCUAGUGGCGGCAGGGGUGGAGGCGGCAGCGGAGGCGGAGGUGGUCGUGGCAGCGGCAGGGGUGGAGGUGGCUGAGGCGGUGGCGGCGGCAUUGGUGGUCGUGGAGGCGCUGGCGGUGGCCAGAUUUCCUGAUGCCACUGAGCUGCCCCGCUGGGCUGAUCUGGAGAAGAAGGGAGUUGAUAUCUGGGCUUUAGACUUUGAUGCUAUUCUCACUGCCAUGUAUGCGAUGUUUACUAGUGGAGAGGGUGCUCAGUACUUGCGUGUUCCGCCCGACCCGGGCAUUCAGACCAGUCCGGCUGCCGCUCUAGGUGCUAGUGAGUCUGCUGCCCCAGGUCCUGGUGAGGCUGCUGCUCUAGGUGCUAGUGAGUCCGUGCCCUCUGGUACUGAGUCGACUGCAGCACUGCACACCUUCACACUGGACUCAGGUGCUUCUCGCUGUUUCUUUCGUGACCGCACUGCCCUUGAGCCGCUUGCUCGGCCAGUUGCUGUCUCCCUUGCUGACCCCUCAGGGGGUCCGGUCGUUGCGACCUCCUCCACUGUCCUUCCUUGUCCUGCGGUCCCGUCAGGCACACUGUCAGGCCUCUACCUCCCCUCGUUCUCUACGAACUUGGUGGCAGGUAGUGCGCUCCAGGAUGGGGGUGUUCACCAGUUCACCCCUGCUUACGAGCGCGUGACCCACUGCACGUGUGCUCGGACGGGCCGUCACCUGGCUACCUUCACUCGGCAGCCGGGGUCGGACCUGUACACACUGACCACUGAGUCCCCUCAGGUAGCUGCGUCCGCGUCUGCGUCUGCGUCAGGUCAGCUGUCCGCCCCCUGCUCGUGUCGCUCUCUGGCGCAUGAGACUGUCCUCUGGCACCACCGCCUUGGUCACCCGUCUGUGCAGCGCCUUCGGGCCAUGCACAAACGGGACCUUGUUGCUGGUCUUCCCAGGGUUCUCCCUCCCCUCCCACCCUCGCCUGCUCCUCCCUGUCUUCCCUGUGUCGAGGGGCGGCAGCGCGCCGCUCCUCACUCCUCCUCCUUCCCCCCGACGACUGCUCCUUUGCAGACGCUCCACAUGGACGUGUGGGGCCCAGCCCGCGUCCGUGGUCAGGGUCAGGAGAGGUACUUCCUGAUUGUUGUUGACGACUUCUCGCGCUACACCACGGUCUUCCCCUUACGCACCAAGGGUGACGUCCCUGAUGUCUUGAUCCCUUGGAUCCGCAGAUCUCGUCUCCAGCUCAGUGAGCGUUUCCGCUCCGACUUCCCUGUCCUGCGUCUGCACUCUGACAGAGGUGGGGAGUUUUCCUCUGGCCUCUUGGAGGCCUUCUGUCAGCAGGAGGGCAUUGAGCAGUCGUUCACGCUUCCGGCCUCUCCACAGCAGAAUGGGGUUGCUGAGCGCCGCAUUGGCUUGGUCAUGGAGGUCGCUCGUACCUCCUUGGUUCAUGCGGCUGCCCCCCACUUUCUGUGGCCGUUUGCAGUCCGAUACGCUGCGCAUCAGCUCAACCUCUGGCCCCGUGUCUCCUUACCGGAGACUUCUCCGACACUGCGUUGGACGGGAGAGGCUGGCGAUGCGUCGCGUUUUCGGGUCUGGGGAUCUCGAGCUUUUGUUCGCGAUACGUCCGCGGACAAGCUCUCCCGUCGAGCUGUCCCCUGUGUCUUCCUUGGCUUUGUCCCGGACGCGCCUGGUUGGCAGUUUUACCACGCCACCUCGCGUCGUGUCCUGGCCUCUCAGGACGUCACUUUUGACGAGUCCGUCCCCUACUACCGCCUCUUCCCCUACCGCACUGCCCCGCUCCCCCCCCGCCUCUCUUCCUCGCUCCAGGUAGACCCGGUUGAGCCUGUCGAGGUAGCUGUUGACUCUCGUCCUGCUGGGGGUACUGAGCCUGACCGUGAGGCAUCUGAGGGUGCUGAGCCUGGGGGUGCGGAGCCUGGAGGUGCUGAGCCUGGGGGUGCGGAGCCUGGAGGUGCUGAGCCUGGAGGUGCUGCGUCUGGGGGUGCUGCGUCUGGGGGUGCUGAGCCUGGGGGUGCUGAGCCUGACCGUGCUGAGUCUGGGGGUGCGGAGCCUGGGGGUGCGGAGUCUGGAGGUGCUGAGCCUGGGGGUGCUGUGUCUGGAGGUGCUGAGCCUGAGCGUGCUACACCUGGAGGAGCCCUCUCCUCCCAGCAGCUGCAGGAGAGGUACCUACAGUACUGCCGCCUCCGGAGAGGUGCUGCUGGAGCUCGUACCAGUACUUCCCCUCCUACCCAGGAGCUCCCCCCCAUUCAGCAGAUCCGAGAGUGGUACGCGCGGCGCUGCAGUCUUCGGAGUGGUGCUCCUGGUGCUGCAGACCCUGGGGGUGGCGCUGCUUCUGGUACUGAGGACCCGGGCGUUGGAGCUGCUGCUGGUGCUGAGGACCUGGGCGGUGGCGCUGCUGCUGGUGCUGAGGACCCGGGCGGUGGAGCUGCUGCUGGUGCUGAGGACCCGGGCGUUGGAGCUGCUGCUGGUGCUGAGGGAUGGAAGUGA